AUGGAGCGGCGAGCGAGCGUGCUGGACCAGCCCUACCGACUCGUGGACCCGUUCCAGAUCGAACGCGAUGAGAGGACCCACCAGAAGCCCACCUACAUCUCCAACGCCAUCCACACAUCAAAGUACACGCUGCUCAACUUCCUGCCGCUGUGUCUACUGCAGGAGUUCCGGCGGUCGGCGAAUUUGUAUUUUCUAGUGAUCGCCAUCCUGCAGUCCAUCAAACAAAUCUCGCCGCUCACUCCGGUAACGGCAAUCGCGCCGCUGGUUAUGGUGGUGUGCGUUAGUUUGCUUCGCGAAGCCAUUGAAGAUAGGAAAAAGCGCUCGUCCGAUGGGAUCAUCAACGCAAAACCGGUGGUAGUUUUGCGGAAUUUUGAAGAGCAUCAUGUCGUGUGGGAAUCGAUUCAGGUUGGCGACCUCGUUCGAAUACACGAGCGAGAAGCGAUCCCCGCAGACGGAAUCGUCCUCGCGAGCAGCGAAGAGAAUGGGUCCUGCUUCAUCGACACCAGCAAUUUGGAUGGUGAAGCCAACUUGAAAUCGCGGGAAUCGCUGCGAGUGACGGCAAAAUUCGUGUUCGACAAGACUUCGCGCGACAAAGCGAAAUUCUUCAUCAAGUGCGAGCAGCCAGACCAGGAUUUGUACCGCUUUGCCGGGAACCUCUCGGUCGACGCCAAGAUGUACAGUCUCAGUGAGAAGCAAUUCUUACCGCGGGGCUCCACGCUCAUGAACACCAAGUGGGUCAUGAUGCUCGUGGUCUAUACAGGUCACGACACCAAAGUGAUGAAGAACGCUCGGGCUGCGCACCAUAAGCUCAGCCACCUCGAGAUCCGCAUGAGUCGGACCGUGGUGUUCGUCUUCUUCAUCCAGGUGCUUCUCUGUGCGAUCGCAGCGUGCGUCCACCACUUCAACUUCAGCAACACGCAGAUGGAGUUGGUGGGGAAUGACCCCACGACGAAGCUCGAGGGGAUUCUGCUCUUCCUCUCGUUCGUCGUGCUCAUGAACACGCUCAUCCCAAUCUCCCUCGUGGUCACGGUCGAGAUCAUCAAGACGGUGCACGCCAAGUUCAUCACGUGGGACAGCAAGAUGCGCAACAGCAGCGGCCAGGGGGCCAUCGCCAACACGUCGUCGCUAACGGACGAGCUCGGACAGGUCAAGUACAUUUUCACCGACAAGACGGGCACGUUGACCCAGAACCAAAUGGUCUUCCGCAAGUGUAGCGUGGGUGGGGGCGUGUACAUCGCCAAGCACAAGCGUCCGCUGCUCAGCGGCGUCUCCAUCUCGUCUCUCGAUGCUUUGGGCACUGGAGCCUCCGCCGCUACGACGUUCCACAGUGACGAUGUCCAGCCGAACGAGCUGCCGACCGUCUCGUACUUCCGUCGACUGUUGAAGAAUCCCGAUAGCACGGAAAGCCACCUCGCGCUGGCGAUGUCACUCUGCCAUACGGUCGUGUGCGAGUACGACCGAUCGACUGGAGCGUUGUCGUACAAUUCAGACUCCCCAGACGAGUGCGCUUUGGUUCGUGGCGCUGAGGCCAUGGGCGUUAAAUUGUUCGAGCGGUGCGGCCAUAAACUCUACGUGGCGAUUACGGAGGAAGCCCGACAUGGAUCACACGUCAAGACGGUGACGUAUACGCUCACGUUUCAGAUCCUGCGCGUGGUACAUUUCUCGAGUGACCGGAAGCGCAUGUCGAUAAUUGUUCGGGAUGAGAACGGAGGCAUUAAAGUCUUCUGCAAGGGCGCAGAUAGCGUCAUACUGGAACGCUGCGACCACUUCUUGUCGAGCAAGGACGAAACGAUGGCCCACGUUACCCAGUUUGCCGAGGAAGGCUUUCGGAUUCUGCUGUUUGCUGAGCGAGAUUUGGAUGAAAACUACUAUAGUGCGUGGGAGCAUCGGUACGAUGAAGCCGAGCUGAAUAUCCACGCGAAGGAAUCGAAGACACAAGCGCUGAUUGACGAGAUCGAGCAGCAUUUAUCGCUCAUCGGCGCCAGUGCGGUCGAGGAUAAACUGCAAGUUGGCGUUCCAGAGACGAUCUCCCUCUUCCAGAAGGCUGGCAUCAAGAUCUGGGUUUUGACAGGAGACAAACUCGAAACUUCGUUGGAAAUGGGCAAACUCUGUCGAGUUGUCACUCCGAAAAUGCAGGAGGUAAUUAUCCAGGGAGCUACGCGCAACGAAAUGACCCACCAGUUAGAGAAGGCUCUCCAAAACUCCAAGGAAAGCCAAGCCGUGCUCAUCGACGGGAGUGCUUUAACACUCGCACUACUCCCGACCAACCGCAAGAACUUCUUGAAGCUGGCGUUGCAGUCCGCAACUGUCAUCGUGUGCCGUGCGUCACCCAUCCAGAAAGCCCUCGUAGUAGAACUCGUCAAGGCAGGGGUGCCCGAUGUCACGCUAGCAGUAGGCGAUGGAGCCAACGACGUGAGCAUGAUUCGAGCAGCUCACGUGGGCGUGGGCGUCAUGGGGCAGGAAGGAAUGCAAGCCGUCCGAAGCGCUGACUAUGCUGUCCAGCAGUUCAGUCACUUGGGGCGGCUUCUGCUUUAUCACGCAGGCCGAUUAUCGUAUCUCCGUACAACGCAGUGCAUCGACUACUUUUUCUACAAGAACAUCGUCUUCACAAUGCCCCAGUUCAUCUACGGCAUUGCAUCGGCAUUUUCAGCCCAGACCUUCUUCUGCGAUAUCUACAUCACGGCGUACAACGUCGCGUUCACAUCCCUCCCCGUCACGGUGCGGGCUGUCAUGGAGACGGAUCUGCUCGAGGCGAUCGCUGCCAAGUUCCCGGAGUUGUAUCGGUUCGGGGCUGCGGACAUGUUCUUCUCCCCGCACACAAUGGCGAAAGCCUCGACACUGGCGGUGGGUCACGCAGUUAUCACCACGGCGAUCCCUCUCCUGCUCAUCCGGCACGACAACCUGGGCGAGAGCAGCUCCUUCUGGGGGGCCAGCGUCGCGUCCUUCUUCUACAUCGUCCCGAUCGUGCACUUCCAGAUCUUCUUCGAGACGUGGAACUGGACGUGGCUCGUUGGGCUCACGUACGCGCUGUCCCUGGGCGUGUUCUUUGCGUCGAUCGCCGUGUACGACCACUUCACUGGAGACGUCGAAGGGGUUUGGAGGACUGUGGUGGUCACCCAGGGCUUCUGGCUCGGCUUCUUCCUCGCGUCAGUCGCCUGCAUCCUCCCCGUCGUGGCCUACAAAUGUUAUGAAGAAAACUUCGAGACGUCCAACCCGGUGCACAUCCUCCGGCGUACGCGGCUUCACAAUAAGGUGCUGGACUCGUCGCGGGUAGAUGCGAUGGGCUCCACCGACCUCACGGUGUCAGUAGUUCCUCGUCCGCACUCCCCGAGCAAUAAAUAA